CGAAAAAUCGAGAUUUUCCCGGAAAAGAAAAAACCAGGGUUUUAGAGCUCGUUCCAUAGCCGGAAGAAAGCUUGCUAGCCCCCCGGAGCAGAGAAAAUGAGGUUCAACUUCGAUUUGCAGGAAGCGAAACCAGAGCAAGGAAGGUCCUCGACGCCCAAAAACGACGUCGAAUGGGUUCCCCUCAAGAACCACCCGGUCUUCACCUCCUCCGCCGCCGUAUCCGCCCCUCUCCUAUCGCCGAGAAAUCUCUUGGCUUGGGACGGAGCUUCUCGCCUCUACUUCUGGGACUCCAACCUCCUCUGCCUUCAUCAGAUCUCGGUUCGCCUCGGCGAGCCGGAGCCGACCUCUGUCCUCGCUGCCUCGCCGUCUAAGGUAUUGCGACCAGUUGUGGAGGUUGAAUUUGAAGUUGAGAAAAUUUCUAUUAAUAGGAAUGGAUCAGCACUUUUGCUUGCUGGUUCGGAUGCUCAUUGUGUUAUGUAUCUAUACGGGCGUGCUUCUUCCAAAGACAAUGCCAUAAUUUGCAGGACUGUUAAUGUUGGUUCACAAAUCUAUUCUAAUGGCAGCAGCGUCAUACGUGUGCUGCAAGUUUUGUGGCACCCUUACAGUGACACUCACUUGGGAAUCCUUUCUUCCGAUUCUGUUUUCAG